GGAAGUCUUAGAACGAAUUCCUGUUCGAUCUGAAGACUCCAAAUCCUAAAAACCCCCGAACGAAACGAAACGAAACGAAACGAAAGCGAAAGCGAAACAAUGGAAAAUGAUACAAAGCUAAGCAUAUACAGAGCAGCAAGGGCGAUAAAACGCAAAGACAACACUCUCUACAACGCACUUAGAUCAAUUUACGACGACUCGAUCUUCGUUGGUGAAAUCUCACAGCUAUGGCCUCAACUGCCUCUCGUCGCCAACCUCCGUUGCGGUCUCUGGUAUUCUCCCAAAUUUCACUCCACUUGUUACUUUAAAUCCACCGACGGUCAUACCAAUAACUGGUCUUUCAAUACCUCCCGUCUCAACUUCCACAUCGCCCUUCUCGCUGGACAGAAGGGAGGGUGCUUUAUAGUUGAUUCGACGCGGAGGGGGAAGCGGUUUCCUGAUAGUAUGUCCAAAACUAUACCGAUUUGGACGUGUGUUUUGAAUCGCGCCAUUUUUAGUUACUUGAACAAGUUUUCUAAUAAUGAUUCAUCUUUGGUGGAUCGGGAUUCAGAUACAGGGCGCAAUUCUGUUGAUUGGGAUUGUUCAUUGCACCUUCCCCUGUGGGUUUCUGAAACAGAGAAGGCAGCAAUCGAGGACCGGUUAGAAGGAUGGACCAAAGACCUGGAAGCAAGUGGAGCUGAUAUUGCAACUCUUGCAUCGUGCUUGAAGAAGCCUUUGCGGCCUUUAUGGAUUUCUCAGAGGACUGUCAUCUGGAUAAAUGAAGUGCCGGAUUAUGACUCUUGGAAUUUCACACCGAUAAUUCUUGUUUCCUCCUCUUCCUCGAAUGGAGUAACUCAACACAGGAUGACUUCAGAGUUUAGCUGGAAUUAUAUACCAGGAGCUGGAGAUGAUGAAGAAAGUUGGGCUAGGGGAUUGUCUCCUAAGCUUUUCUGGAACCAUGCUUAUGAUCUUAUUAGUUCAGGACCAGAUUCGUGUAACCAGAAAGUUGCUGAUAUAGUUGAAAAGGAUAGAGUAUAUCGAGCUCAAAGGGGGCAGAAUGCUCCUCAUAUCACUGCCAAAUCCUCAGUCUCUGGGAGCUCACCUAAUCUUCCUUGUUUAGAGCCCCUAUUGCGUCCAGAUCUUUCUAGCCUUACAAUGAACUCUUCGGAAAAAGAUUGUGGAAUAUUUUGGCUCGGAUCUACUAAUCUUGCUAUUGGUGUUGCUGAACAUGCAUCUAAUGUUGAUUGCAUAUUGAAUUGUGAUCAAUGGCCAAUCUCUGUCCAUCAUCAAGAGGCUGGAGCGCAUCUGUUUCUUCCUAUUGUGAACUCGAAGAUGGACCGGUUUUCUUUGUUUGAUAACCUUUCUUCUGCAGUUACCUUUGCAAACUCAAAUCUUACAAAAGGAAGAACACUUCUUAUAUGUUGCCACGAUGGGGAAGAUAUCAGUGUAUGCGUUUGUCUGGCAAUCUUGAUAUCAUUGUUUGACGAUGAAGGUUCUUUCGAUGGUGGCAAAUCCUUCGGCAAGACAGGUAUCACAAAAUGUGGGAUGCGGCGACAACUUGUAUAUAUUUGUAAAUUUGCAAUAAAAGCCCGGCCAUCCAGGGGAAACCUCAAACAAGUUUUCAGUUUUCUUAGUAGCGGAAAAUCCACCAAGUUCGGAGACAUUUGAUCACCUCUUUAUGGUGAAAUGGUGCUGGCUUGCAGAAUUAUUAUCCAAAUACAGCGCUCAGGAGAGCUGAAGGAUCUUUGGUGAACACUAA